CGUCUCAACUCCACCUCUCUUUCUCUCUCUUCUUUUCUUUGUUUCUCUCUGAUGAAAUCUAAAAAUCUUCGAUUUUGUGCUCUCUCGUCCUCGACUCUUCCAAAGCUAGGGUUUUGGGGUUUCGAUUCUAUGAUAUCGGCAGCGAAAUUGCCAUCGCUACAGCCGCUAUCGCCGCCGCCGUUUCGUUAAUCUGCCGGCGGGGGCUUUGAUUCCCGCCCGCCCCUCAUGUCUCUCGUAGAAACCUCCUCCAUCGACUGCGUCCACCAACGCCUCGAUCGUCUUUCCUCGAAGCGAAAAUUGGACGAUUAUUCCUCCCCCGCCGAUGACGAUUUCUCUGAUUUAGUCUCCUUCAGAAUGAGAAAAUUCGAUCAAAACGCCUUCGUUUCUUGCAACUCUCCGCCGGACUCUCAUCUCGAGAGGCAUAGGGUUGUCGAUGCCCGAUCGUGUCCCAGUUCGUGCAGCGCCGAGUCGGCUCGGCCUGAUUCGCGGUUGCAGUUCUUCGUGAGGAUGAUCUCCGAGGGGAAUACUCUGGUGAUUCACGCGAAUUCGGAUGAUACCGUGGAGUCGCUGCACCACCGGAUUCAGUCGAUUACGGGGAUUCCGGUGAUGGAGCAGCGGCUGAUAUACAGAGGGAAGCAGCUGCAGUGGGAGCAGUCUUUGGCUGAAUGUUCGAUUCAAAACGACGCCGGGCUUCAACUUGUCGGUCGGAUGCGGAGUACGGAACAUCCGGCGGCAUGGCGAGUCGCUGGCGAGAUGGUGUCAACGAUUUGUCGGCUUUGUAGGGGGGAAACAUUCCGGCCGUUGAAGAACAUCAAAUCGCAGUUGUUGGAGUUCUUGAUGCUCACUCCAAAAGACGACACCGAGUCAGCGGCCGGUUAUCUUCAGGUUUUCAUGUCUUCGUCGGCCCCUUCAGCUUUGGUCAUGCUCUACAUGUCCCCGACUAAGAGUAACAAGGAGACUGCAGAUGAUACUAUUAGGCAAUUUCUUAACUCGAGUCGGAAUUUAUUACCAAAGUCUGUACAAAUACAAUGUGUUCCUAUAGUGUUAGAAUUUUGUAAGUUGCUUAGUAGAACUGAUCAUGAGGAUCCGUUGUAUUUGACAUGCCGAAGCACUCUUGGGUCGCUGGUGGAAAAUGUUGGGGUAGUGAGAGCUUCGAGGUAUUGUCAUAAUAGUAAGACAUUGAUUGUAGUUAAAGAGAUUUUACCAUUUGUUAGUGAGCUGGCUAGUAGCUUGUCAAAGUCAUUGAUAUCAAGCAUGGAAUCAGCAGGGAGCACAGGGAACUCACUAAAUGAUGGGCGCAAUUUGAUUGCAGGGCAUACAUUAGCAAAUGAUGUGCGUGAUUUUACUGCAUUCUUGCACCCGGUGCGAUCUGUGAUUAUGGAGCAAGUGAGUUUUCAUGGUCCUAUUUCAAUUCCACUUGGAGAACGUGGUAGUACUAAUCCCUGGUAUGGAGAAGAGAUUGAGUUUCUUCAUGGCAUUUUCAUUGAUUUGAUGACAAAAAUGGAUGGGUGUCUCCAUAAAAUGGAGCAAUGCUUGGCAGGGGAAGGUGGAGUUGAUCAUCAUACUGUAUGGCCCCAGUAUCUUGCCGUUCUGAAGGAAUUGAAUAGCAUUUCUAAAUUAUAUCAUGGUGCUGAAGAAGAGUUUUGGACAUUUAUGAGACGUAGGAAGAUUGCAGUGUGCUCUCUAAUGAUUAGAUAUGCAAAGAGAAGUGAUGACCAUAGUUGGCUUCUUGAGCACAAGGAUGUGACUGAUUUUGAAUCAAGGAGGCAUUUGGCAAUGAUGAUGUUCCCUGAAGUAAAGGAAGACUAUGAAGAACUACAUGAAAUGCUCAUUGACAGGUCACAAUUAUUGGCAGAGUCAUUCGAGUACAUUGCACGGGCAGAGCGUGAAUCUCUACAUGGUGGUCUGUUCAUGGAAUUCAAAAAUGAGGAAGCUACAGGACCUGGUGUGUUGAGAGAGUGGUUCUUCUUGGUAUGCCAAGAAAUUUUCAAUCCACAAAAUGCCCUUUUUGUAGCGUGCCCAAAUGAUCGCAGAAGGUUCUUUCCUAAUCCUGCAUCUGAGGUGGAUCCCAUGCACCUUCAGUAUUUCCGCUUCUCUGGUCGAGUGAUUGCAUUAGCUUUGAUGCAUAAAGUGCAAGUUGGUGUUGUCUUUGAUCGAGUAUUUUUCUUGCAAUUGGCUGGAAUGGAUAUUUCCUUGGAAGAUAUACAGGAUGCAGAUCCAUUAUUGUAUACUAGCUGCAAGCAAAUUCUGGAUAUGGAUGCAGAAUUCAUGGAUUCAGAUGCUUUGGGACUAACAUUUGUUAGAGAAAUCGAAGAACUAGGAUCCAGAAGAGUUGUGGAGCUUUGCCCUGGUGGGAAAAACAUCAUUGUGAACAGCAAGAACAGGGAUGAAUAUGUUUAUCUUCUUAUUCGGCAUCGCUUUGUUACAUCUACCUCUGAACAGGUAGCACAAUUUGCUGGAGGCUUUGCUGAUAUUCUUUGUAACCAAAAGCUCCAGAAGUUCUUUUUCCAGAGUUUAGAGCUUGAAGAUCUUGAUUGGAUGCUAUAUGGAAGUGAAAGUGCUAUUUGUGUUGAUGACUGGAAGGCACAUACUGAGUACAACGGCUACAAGGAAACUGAUCCUCAGAUUUUCUGGUUUUGGAAGAUUGUUGGCGAAAUGUCAGCAGAGCAGAGGAAAAUUCUACUCUUCUUUUGGACUUCGGUUAAGUAUCUACCUGUAGAGGGUUUUGGUGGUUUGGCUUCUCGUCUAUAUAUCUACAAGUCCUCAGAGCCCUGUGUUCGCCUGCCUUCAUCUCACACAUGCUUUUACCGGUUGAGUUUCCCACCUUAUCCAUCAAUGGCUAUCAUGGAAGAUCGGCUUCGCAUCAUCACCCAAGAACAUGUUGGAUGCAGCUUCGGUACCUGGUGAGCCAUCUAUUGCAUCUCAUUUUGGGAUAAGAAGGGUUUUUGACUGCACAGAGAGAUUUGUACCUCUGCAUGUACAGAUUAUAGGAUAAUCUUAUCUUCUUCUUCUUUUUUUCCCCCUUUUUUCUUUUUUUCUUUUUCUAAUUCGACUAUGUAAGAAGGUUUCCCCCUUUAUCAAGCUCUUUUAUAUGGAGGUUGUAAUUCCUUUGCUCUUUUCAGUCAACUGUUUAUAUAGUUAUAGAAUUCCUUCAGUAAAAUAAGAAAAAGGAAGGCGAGAAGGAAAAAAGGAAUUUCCCUGCUUUAUUGGAUUACUUUUUAUGACAUGCAACAUAAACAGCUCUCUCUCUCUCUCUCUCUCCAUUUUCUGUCUUUAACAUAUUUCUCUGUAAAGCUAUGUAGAACUUCUGUUUCAUUGUUACAUUCCCCUAGCUAGAAAAUAGAUUUGGCAACUU